GGCACAUUCCAGCCGCCGCCGGCGGAGACUGCAGCGUAGUGUUAGCGGCCGGCACCGAGCCGCCGCCGGCCGCCAGUUCUCGGAGAGACGCGGCGCGGGGAGGACGUGCCACCGCCGUGUCCGUACACCGACUGCCGACAGUGAGAGCGAGUGAGAGACGCACACCAAUGUGGUGAGAGACGGUGUCGGUGAGAGAGAGACCAGCGAUGACGCGUCUGUGGGCGCUGCUCGUGGCGCUGGCCGCGGCGGUGGCAACCGUCCCGGACUGUGAGAGGACCGACCGGACGCGGCCGGGACAUGUGCUCUGUGAGCCGCGCACGCUGGGACUAAUGGACCGGCUGUCGGAGGAGGCCGCGGUGGCCGCCGCGCCGGUGACCUCGCUGACGGUACGCUGCAGCAGCUCGGAGGAGGAGAGCUUCAUCACCAACGGCACGCUCUCCGGUCUGGAGACGCUCACCGAGCUGACGCUGGAGCGGUGCCGGCUGGCGGAGCUGCCGGCCGCGCUGGCCGAGCUGACGCGGCUGCGCUCGCUGACGGUGCGCACCUUCAGCGACUCGGUCGGUCUGGUGGUGGCUGACAGCGCGCUGCACGGCCUCGGCGCCCUCCAGCAGCUCGAGCUGAGCCACAGCCGGCUGACGGAGCUCCCGGUCGGCCUGCUCUGCUCGCUCCCCGGCCUGCAGAGGCUCAACGUGUCGCACAAUCGGCUCCAGGAGGUGGCCGAGCUCGGUCUGACGGCUGGCUGCCAGCUGCCGGACCUGGUCUCGCUCGACCUCAGCCACAACCAGGUGACGGCCCUGCCGAGCGGCGCGCUGGCGGCACUGCCAGCGCUCACGGAGUUAUCGGUGAGCCACAACGCCCUGGAGCUCCUCGGGGCCGGGGCGCUGUCCGGCCUGCCGACGCUGCAGAAGCUCGAUCUGUCGGACAACGCGCUCAGCACGACGCCGGCCGAGCUGCUGCAGCCCACCCCGCGGCUCGCCGAGCUGCGGCUGGCGCGCAACCGGCUGUCGCAGCUGCCGGCGGCGCUGCUGCGCGGGCUGCAGCGGCUGCUGGUCCUCGAGCUGGCCGGCAACCGCUUCAGCGCUACCUGGAUCAACUCGGAGACGUUCGCCGGCCUCAAGCGGCUGCUGGUACUCGACCUGGCGCACAACCGGCUCGGCCAGAUCGACGCGUCCGUGUUCGCCGGUCUGUACAGCCUGCAGAGUUUGCAGCUGCACCACAACCAAAUCGACGACGUGGCGCCCAAUGCGUUUGAGGCGCUCUCCAACCUGCACACACUCAGCCUGUCCCACAACAAACUGCACAGGAUCGGACCGCUCAGCCUCAACGGGCUCUUCGUGCUGAACACGCUGUCUCUGGACAACAACAUCAUCGACUACGUCCACCCCUCGGCCUUCAGCAACGUCAGCAGCCUGCAGGAGCUCUCGCUGAGCGACAACCGACUGACGCAGGUGCCGGAGGCGGUGAGUGACCUGCAGCUGCUGAAGGUGCUGGACCUGGGCAACAACUACAUCUCGGCAGUGGGCGGCGCCCAGCUCGCCAGCAUGCAGCAGCUAUUCAGCCUCCGGCUCGAGGGUAACGUGCUCACCGAGGUGACGCACGACAUGCUGCGCGCCCUGCCGCACGUGCGCAUCCUGAACUUGUCCGGAAACCGGAUCCAGCGCGUGGAGCCGGGCGCGUUCGAGUCGAGCGGCGCCCUGGAGGCCGUCCGACUGGACGCCAACCAGCUGACGCAGAUCGACGGCCUGUUCGCCGGCCUGUCACGGCUGCGCUGGCUCAACGUCAGCGACAACAGCAUCGCCCGCUUCGACUACGCGUCGGUGCCGCGCGGUCUCGUCUGGCUGGAUCUGCACCGCAACGAGAUCACCGAGCUGAGUAACCGCCACGACAGCGCGGACCAGAUGUCCAUUAGGACUCUGGACGUCAGCUUCAACCGUCUGACGGAACUCUCCGGGUUUCACCUGCCGCGCAGUAUUGAACUUCUUCUGGCCAAUGAUAAUCUGAUUCGGUCAGUCGAACAGUACACCUUCUUCCUCAUGAGUAACUUGUCACGAGUGGAUCUGUUUGCCAACCAGAUAACAAACAUGAACCUAAACGCAUUGCGAUUAAACAUGCCGAACGAAACCGUGCAUAUGCCACAGUUCUACAUCGGCGGAAAUCCAUUUGUUUGUGACUGCAACAUGGAGUGGUUGCAGAGAUACAACCAAAUCAACCACUACAACCACUAUCCCCGGAUUAUGGAUCUGGAGAGCAUUUACUGCCGUCUCAUCUACAACCGCGGCCGCAGCUACGUGCCGCUGGUGGAUGCUGACGCCUCCAUGUUCCUGUGUCCGUACCAGACGCACUGCUUCACCACCUGCCACUGCUGCGACUUUGACGCCUGCGACUGCGAGAUGACGUGUCCGGCCGGGUGCCGCUGCUAUCACGACCAGUCCUGGUCGUCCAACAUCAUCGACUGCUCCAACAACAACUUCGAGGAGAUCCCCGGCCGCCUGCCGAUGGACGCCACCGAGGUCUACCUGGACGGCAACAGCUUCAAGAACCUGUCUGGCCUGACGUUCCUGGGCAGGAAGAACAUGAAGGUGCUCUACCUCAACAACUCUAAGAUCGAGUUCCUUCACAACCAGACGUUCGCCGGUUUGACUCAGCUCACCACCCUGCACUUGGAGUCGAACCUGGUCACCGAGUUCAAUGGUCAGGAGUUCGUCGGUCUGGACCGAUUGCGGGAGCUCUAUCUCCAGGACAACCAGCUAACACGCGUGCAGAACAAAACGUUCGAGCCGUUGCGACAGCUGGAGGUCCUUCGCUUGGACGGCAAUCAGCUGGAGGACUUCUCCGUUUGGGAGCUGGAGAAGAACCCCUACCUGGUGGAGAUUGGCCUCACUGACAACGUCUUGACAUGCGCGUGCGACUACCUGCGCCGCUUCCAGGGCUGGCUGACCGCCAACGCCAAGAAGGUGGUCGACUUCAGCUCGCUGGUGUGCCGGUUCGAGGGAGACGCGGAGGCGCGAGCGAUCUACGGCAGCAACGAGACGUGCUACGAGCGUCCGUCGCGUCGGACGGUGCCGGGCGAGGGGGUGGCCGACUACCUGCCGCUGCUGGUCAGCGCCGCCGUCGUGCUGCUGCUGCUGGCCGCCCUGACAGCCGUCGUGUUCGCCUACCGCGCCGAGCUGCGCGUCUGGAUCUACUCGCGCUGCGGCGUGCGCGUCUGCUACCGCUCGGCGCUCGACGAGGAGCAGGAGCGGCUGUUUGACGCGUUCGUCAGCUACAGCGAGCGCGACAAGGCCUUCGUGCAGCACGUGCUGGCGCCCAAGCUGGAGCACGGCGAGCCGCCGUACCGGCUGGCGCUGCACUACCGCGACUUUGCGCACAGCGCCUACCUGGCAGACACCAUCGUCGAGGCGGUCGAGUCGAGCCGGCGCACCAUCAUGGUGCUCUCGAGGAACUUUAUCGAGAACGAGUGGUGCCGCUUCCAGUUCAAGUCGGCGCACCACGAGGUGCUCAAGGACCGCCAGAAGCGGCUCAUAGUGAUCCUUCUGGGGGACGUGCCGCAGCGCGACCUGGACCCCGACCUGCGGCUCUACCUCAAGACCAACACGUGCAUUAGCUGGGACGACAAACUGUUCUGGGACAAGCUGCGCUUCUCCAUGCCGGACAUACCAAACAACCUGCGAUGCUUGCGCUCCGUAUCUCAUUACUCUGAAGUGGGUGGCUCUAGCUCACAUUAUUCAGAGAUGGAGACUUCAGUAUCGCACUACUCCGAGAUAAGCGAGCUCAAGCAGCACCGGCCCAGUCCCAAGACGAUACCGUCAUUGUGGGAAUGAGACUCGACCAAAUACUUGUGAUGCAUGGGAAGUAGCAGCUGCAGGAAGGCGCACGUCAUGAAGUCUGUGAUAUCAACCACUGCAUCCGGCAUUGUCGGUCGUGCGUCAUCUCGGCAAGGUCUCGUUGUCAUUGGAAUCGUCCCGGACGUCAGAGCCCAGAGGACAGUCGCCAAUCAGUCCAAGCAUGCCUGGCUAAUGGCCUCAGCUGCCAGUCAUCGAGACUGGCACACUGUGUAUGGCGUGCCACUGCAGCUGAGUGACUGUGUGACUAUAAAUGGACUCGGAAUGAGCUGUCAGACUCACUACCGCGAUCAGUGACCUGUGGUGACCUGGCCGGGUGACCUGAGUCUCUCAGUUCGACGGUGCGCUCUGCCGGCGGCGUCUCCCCGUUCCAAGUGAGCUUGUUGUGGUUAUUGCGGAGCGGCCGGCCGGCCGGGCGGCGGUCAGUAUGGGGGGCCGACGGGUCGACCCAGUCGUGACCUGCAUGUGAAGCGGCCGGCAGCGAUAUUGGAGCGGCCGGACCGCGCAGAGCGCCGGAGUCGACAGCACCGGCCGUCGUUUGAUCUCAAACUUGUGAUAUAUUCUGUUGUUAUAUUUAUAUGCGCGCAAUGGCCGAUGUGUGUGAUGUGUGCUGUGUAGACAAGUGUUGCAAUCAAAAUAUAAGUGUUUAUCGAG